GGAUUGUGUGCGUGCGUGUGUUGCUUCCUUCCUGUACUUCCAUCUGGGCACAAGCAGCAAAGCAGCAGCAGGACAACAUAAAGCCUGCCAAAUGGUUGAGAAUAGGAAAAGAAAGGAAAAGAAAGAAAACGAAAGAUCGAGCUGGUGAAGAGAAGCCAUGCAUUUCAUACAGCUGUGCCGUCAAGCCCUGGCAUGUAAACUCCAGUCUGUACAGAGGACGUAAGGUCUGGCGAACUAUGACUUACACACAGUUACAGUCAGACAUGCAGAACUAUUUGCUCAGCGCCAUCAGCUGCCUCUGCCUUUUUCAUAUGGGUCUCCUCACUGAGGAAUGCAGCCAGGGUGUUAGGGCAAAACGUGACACAGUUGAUGCACCAGCAGGGGGCAGUCUGUCUCUGUCCUGUGUGGUCCGGCACUGUGGAGGAAACUGGACGGGACGCUGGUUGUGGAGAAAUGCAACUGCUGAAGAGAUAGUUGAAGAAAGUGUGAGGCACCAUUUGAAUAGUGUGAAGCUCUCAGCCAAUGACACUCAAUUCAUUUUGAAUUUCCUGAGUGUCCACAAAUUAGACGAAGGUUAUUAUGGAUGCAAAGUUACAUGGCCUGAAGGUGAAACUGAUCAGGGACAUUUGACGUAUGUGAACGUCACUGCAGCUGUCCCCUUUCAGAGAAGUGUACUGACCAGAGUUUUGGUCUGUGCCGGUGCUUUUCUUUGUCUUCCCAUCAUUCUGGGAUUGGCUCGUUGUCUGAGUUCAGAGGUCAAGCCUCAGCCACUUCCCAGGACACAGUUCACGCAUUCGGCUGUGUACAGAGACCAACCAGACCCGGCUCCACAGCCUCCACCUCGACGGCCGGUACCCCAGAAGCGGAGCACUUCCUCCCACAAAGCUCGCCCCAAGUCCAAACAGCAGAAGACCGAGGUUGUGUAUGCAGACAUUUCCCAGGAUGCACUAAGACAACAGCGAGCCACCAGAGAGCCUGAGCAGUCCAUUGUGUACUCAUCCCUCAAAUUUUCCUGACUGUAUUCGAUGCAGAGUGGAGGUGGCAAGCUGUCUGCUGAGGAUCAUCUAGUCACUUUUUCUGGGAUUCAGCUUAUUUCACUAUCGCUGGAUCAUUCUUGAGCUCAAGGCCUGAGCACUGUGGAAAAUCAUUAAAGCCGAGGACAAAACAAGACACAAAAGGAUCCAGUCAUUCUUGUUUGUCCAUGUCUAUGGAGUCUCCUGAUUACACCCUGAUGUGGAAUUCGUGACUAUUUUAAUUAUGAGGAAGAGAGAAGUGCCAAACAACUUUCAUAUGCACGUAGCAUAACAGACAGCAAGUGGAGCAGAUAAUGAGGAGAUAUUGGAGCAUGCAUCCAUCAGCUGAACCACCCCGAGGUGCUGCAGUGAGAGGAGACUCAGCCUGGUGUUAUCAUUUCACUUAUGGUGCUUUUAUUGUUUUGAAAUGUGACUGCAGACAAGCAAGCAAAACAUUGAAGACAGUUUGGUAUUGCAGUUUUUAAAAUGUGAAACAAGCUUAGCCUGAAUUACCUAUCAUUUUUUUUCUGGUGCGUUCAUGUAUAUAAAAUAUUCAACUCAAAGCAGAUGUUGCCAAAGGAAGUGUGAAAUAAAAACAAUGUGUCAACAGAAGAAUUGUUAAAAUAAAAUAUUACAUCUAAUCUAAUUUUGCUAUAUACAUACAGAUAAGUAAAAAACAAUUUAAAACAAAAUGUUGAAUUGCAGUUUUAAAAAAUUACAAAUAAGUGAGGAUUAUAUAAACAUAUAUAAACACAUUUUUAAUGAAUGGAAGUGUGUGUGUGUGUGUGUGUAUUUGUGGCAGCAAGAGAUGCCCCAUCUCCUUCUCUUAGUAGUAUUUUUAAUUUUAAGAGCUCAUUUAGUUCUUUCAAAUCUGACAGAUUUCACAGAAUGGAAUUGUUUUUAAGUAAUUGUUCCUUAUUUCAUUGAAUGUUUUACAUUGUAAGAGGGAGUGUAUUUCCCUCACCCCACCCCUCCUCUCAGCCUCACCUGUCAAGGAGGUUUUCUUUUGAUUGCCAUGCCUUUUUUUUUGUGUCUUCCUUCUUUGAUUGCCAGUCUGUUGUCUCUGAGCCCAGAACAAAUUAAAGUGUGAAAUUCCCCCUGUAUUGUGCUGUAA